AUCAUGAUCAUGAUUUCCACUCCAUGAAGCCUGCCCAAGCUCAAGCUCCCUCCCUCUUUCUCUCUCUCUCUCUCUCUCUCUCUCUCUAGAUAGCUUUACAUUAUAUAUAUACUCUCCAUUGCUCCCCACACCAAAUCUGGUUGGCCGGGAGAGACCCAAAAGCUAGACCCUCUCUGAUAUCGAUCGAUCGUUAUCGAGCACGUCGAGAUCGAUCGACCCAUUGUUCGAAAUGAGGAAGCCGACCGAUCCGUCGUCGGGGAAGAAUGGCGCUGGCGGUGGGAACAAGCUGAGGAAGGGGCUGUGGUCGCCGGAAGAAGAUGACAAGCUCAUAAGCUACAUGCUGAGCAACGGGCAAGGGUGUUGGAGCGACGUCGCGCGAAAUGCCGGCCUCCAGAGGUGCGGGAAGAGCUGCCGUCUCCGGUGGAUCAACUACUUGAGGCCUGAUCUCAAACGAGGUGCUUUCUCUCCACAGGAAGAAGAGCUUAUCAUCCAUCUCCACUCCCUUCUUGGCAACAGGUGGUCACAAAUUGCGGCGCGUUUGCCUGGGCGCACAGACAACGAAAUAAAGAAUUUUUGGAACUCAACGGUGAAGAAAAGACUAAAGAACGCUUCACCCUCCACACCUUCACCAAACACCAGCGACUCUUCCUCCUCUGAUCAGCUCAAUCUCAACAAAGAUCACCAUCACCUCCUCAUGCCAGGGUUCAUGUCUUCCUCUGCCGCCACAACUCAAGAUCACCAACAAGCCAUCAUCGAUAUCUCGGCCAUUUACAACGUCGACUCAUUGUCCUCGUCCUCGUCCUCAUCCAUGCAAGCCAUGCAGGGUCUUAAUACCCAUUUGCCCGACCCGUUCCUCGUGCCCGACCCACAUUUGAGUUCCGGGUACUACGGCCACGGAGCCCCAAGCAUGCCCCAAGUAGGGUUCCUCGGCAGCGGCGGCCGUGGCGCCGGCGGUGGUGGUGGUGAAGAGUUCUAUGGGGAGAGUAAUAGGUUUUUUGGGAGUGGUGUGUUUGGGGUGGAAGCUGGGGAUGACCUGUUUGUUCCUCCUCUAGAGAGCAUAAGCAUUAAUGUUGAUGAAGAAAGUGGUAAACCUAGCCAGAGCAGUAUGUUUGACAGGAACGGCGUCGUUUACAGCAGUAACCCCUACGGCGGCAGCAUGAGCUGCGGUGUGAUGAACAGCAGCUGCAACAAUAUUAACAGUACUAGUGUUAAUCUUAAUAGUAAUAACAAAGUAGUGGAAAGCAUGGGAGGUGGGGGAGUUAAUAUGAAUGGGAACUCAUCGUGGGAAGAAGGAGAAAUUAAUAAUAACAUUGUGAAAAUGGGAGAGUGGGACUUGGAGGAGCUGAUGAGAGAUGUUUCUUCCUUCCCUCCUUUUCUCGAUUUCCAACUUGAAUAGUUAACUUCUUAAUUAAUUUCCUCCUAUACCCAAUACAUAUACAUAUAUAUACCCCUUUUUUUCUUUCCUUUCUUUUUUUCUUUUUCGAAAUUUUUGGUCCUUUGCUUCAAAGUCAUCAAGCCCUAGCUUCUUCUUUUUCAUAAAACUGUUGAAAUUCAAAGCCUUAGAUUCCUCUUGAAGUAAGGAAAACAAAAAAUGCUUUUUAAAAUUGCCAAACAACCCACAUGUAUACAUAUAUAUGCGUGUUUUUCUUUUCUUUUCUUUCUCUUUUUGGGUUUUUUUUUUUUUGGGGGGGGGGGGUGGUGGAGGGAUUUGUAAUUAAGACUGUUCAUGAAGCUUUUGUACUAUUAUAGUUCUGUCCAGUUUGAGGAUGAAGGGAGCUUGGAGGGGAAUAAGGUCACACUGCAUUCACAAAAGAGUAAGAGGUGGGUGGCCAUGAAAGAAUUCUUGUAUGUAGCUGCGUUAAUAUGUUGUCAGGGAGCAGUAAUAAUCACCACACUUGUGAAAGAGAGAUGUGAAUAGUGAUAUAAAGGCAGAGAGAGAGAGAGAGAGAGAGAGAGAGAUGAUGAGAGAGAGAGAGAGAGAGAGAGAGAGAGAGAGAGAGAGAGGCAUCAAAGGUUAAUUAGUUGGUAAAUUGUAGUUAUCAUGAUGAGAUGAUGUACAAAACAUUACUAUUGUUGGGGAGGGUGGAAGGUGGAGUAGUUGUUAUUUGUGGAACAUAAGUAGGUUAAUGCAUGUACUACACACAUUGAUGAUGAUGAGAAUAUAUAUAUAUAGCAACUCUCUC